UCUAUAAGAAGAAUGUGGAGGAAGUGAUUGUGGAGGCUGAUGAGUGACUAAGCAAAUGAAUGUUUUAAUUGCUCUCGGAUUAAGGUCAUAAUCCUUUGUAGGAAGCGAUCCUUUGGUAGAUCUGCAGCCUCUAAUGGAGUUUCUGGAUCAUCACCCUCAACUUUGCCUACCAAUAAUGCCAGAAAACCAAGAAUGGAUGUGAUUCAAGAAGUUGACACAAGCGCUGAAAUGAAUUCAGAAUCAGAUGAUGAAAAAGAAUGCGACGAUAAAAGUAAUUCCAAUUGCCAAAAGAAGGGUACUCCAGGAUUUAUACCACCACCGUUACAGGUUCUGGAUCGUGUACAGAUCAAGAUUGAGCCUGAAACGCCAUUCUUAACAUUACAAACUUUACUGUUGGGCUUAAAAGCAAAGAAUUCAUUCAGCAAAAAGGAGCUAAAGAAAGCAGAAGAAUUGAUGUCACAAGCCAUGGUUGAGUUCUACCAAAAGCUCCGUCUCUUGAAAAGUUACUGUUUCUUGAAUCAAUUAGCCUUCUCCAAAAUCAUGAAGAAAUAUGACAAGAUCACGUUGUGGAAUGCUUCAAAGGCUUACAUGCGGACAGUGGACAAUUCUUAUCUUGGCAGCUCUGAUGAGGUUGCUAAGCUUAUGGUACGAGUUGAAGCUACUUUUAUAAAGCACUUUGCGAAUGGAAAUCAUAGAAGAGGAAUGAAAAUUCUGAGACCAAAAGCUAAAAAGGAAAGGCAUAGGAUUACAUAUCUACUGGGGCUCUUCACUGGCUGCACAAUUGCACUUAUUCUAGCCAUUGUGUUGCUUAUACAUGCGAGAAAUAUCUUAAAUCAUGAAGGGAGAAAUAAGUACAUGGAAAAUAUUUUCCCACUUUACAGUUUGCUUGGGUUUAUGGCAUUGCAUUUGAUGAUGUAUGCUGGAAAUCUUUACUUCUGGAAGCGUUAUCAUGUCAACUAUUCAUUUAUCUUUGGCCUCAAGCAAGGCGACGAGUUAGGUUAUAGAGAAGUACUUCUGCUCAGUUCAGGUCUUGCUGUGCUCACAUUAGCUUGUGUCAUAUCAAAUUUAGAUAUGGAGAUGGAUGAAAGAACACAAAGCUUUAAAGCCAUAACUGAACUAGUCCCCUUGGCCUUGCUCCUUGUUGUGCUUCUUAUAAUCUUUUGUCCCUUCAACAUCAUAUACCGCUCCAAUCGGUUCUUCCUUCUCCAAUGUAUAUUUCAUUGUAUUUGUGCACCCCUUUAUAAGGUCACUCUACCAGAUUUCUUCCUUGGUGAUCAACUCUGCAGCCAAGUGCAAGCUUUCAGAAGUUUGAUAUUCUAUGUUUGUUAUUAUGGUUGGGGGGACUUCACAACAAGAUCAAACAACUGUAUAGGCAGCGAGGUCUACAGAAAAUUUUUUCUUGUCAUAGGACUCAUUCCAUAUUGGUUUCGGUUUGCUCAGUGCUUACGACGUUUGAUUGAAGAAAAAGAUCCCAUGCAUUCGAUUAAUGGGUUGAAGUAUCUAUCAACCAUCAUCGCACUUGCCAUGAGGACAACUUUUCAAUUCAAGGGGAAACAUUGGCUGUUCAUGGCAUCAACCACUUCAGCUAUAGCAACAGUUUUCAACACAUAUUGGGACCUUGUUGUAGAUUGGGGUCUCCUACGAAGAAAUUCAAAAAACCCUUGGUUGAGAGAUAAACUGCUCAUACCAAACAGAAGUGUUUACUUCAUUGCCAUGGUAGUGAAUGUUGUGCUAAGACUGGCUUGGAUGCAGACAGUGCUAGGAAUUAGGGAAGCACCUUUCCUGCAUAGAACAGCAUUAACUGCAUUAGUUGCCAGCUUAGAGAUUUUUCGUCGUGGCAUUUGGAAUUUCUUCAGGUUGGAGAAUGAGCAUCUAAACAAUGUGGGAAAGUAUCGAGCAUUUAAGUCUGUGCCACUACCUUUUCAUUAUGCCUAAUGGAGACGAGGCUGUAGGAAACAAGUACAUGACACCAAA